UGACCCGUUGCCACCUACCGGCAGCUUCUUUGCUCCCCUCCAAUGUCUACCCCACCACCCACCCAGUCCCCCACCUAUUCUUUUUCUCUUUCCUUUUCUGAGUGAAUAGCAAACAAAACUUACUAUUAAGUUUGUUUAUGCCUUUUACUUUGUUGCAUCUCUUUCAGAGCCCCCUUAUAUAUUUCAUCUUUCCUUUCUCCUUCCUUUUCUCUCUUUCUUCCCUUUCUCCUCAAAACCCUAAUCGAUAGAAAAAAAAAAAAAAAGAAAUGCAGAAAUUCUGAUCCAAGAAGAACUCAAUUCUUUUUCCAUUUUUGUCACAACCCCAUAUAUACACGUUAUUUUAAAAAAAAAAAAAAAAUUGUUGGAUUGGGUACAAGCUUGUGGUCCAAGAAAGUGAGCUUGAUGAGCUAACUCUCAUUAUUUAGAUCAUCUACAUCUAUCAAGCAAUUUCAACAUAUGGGUUUUAGUAAGAUAGAGCUGUCUUAUUAGAGUUUUUCUUCCCUAGCUCUAUUCUUUUUUCACGCAGAGAGGAAAAUUGUUGAAGGUAUGGAUUCUGGGAAUAGUGGGAGUAUGCAAUCUUCAAGUGGUGGUGAUGAAGAGUAUGAUUCACGUGGGGAAUCCAUUUCAACUUUCUUGAAUAAUAGUAAUAAUUCGCUACCCCAUUUUGGUUCAAUCUCAUCACAUAAUAAUAAUCCACCUUUUCUAUCUCCUCCUCAUCAACAACACCCCAAUAAUAAUACUUUCUUUGAUACCGCGGCUAGUUUGUUCCCACAAAGUUCAAAUCCUCAGUUUAAUACGAACGAUCUCAUUUGGUCAUCCUCUCGGGGUUUGAGAUCUGAGUAUAACUUGAACAACUUUACCCCAUCCUCAUCCGCCCCAUUAUCAUCGUCAUCAAAUGUUGCUGGUGGAGCUCAAGUACUUCAUCAUGGUCAAAACCCUUUCUCAGGUUCGUCUUCUUUACCUACAGUGCAACAACCAACAAUUGGCACAGCUGCUAAUGUUGUAAGGGCAUCAAACUCAGCCCAGCCCGAUCAUCAGACCAAUGUGGCGAAAAAUCCAAAGAAGCGAACCAGGGCAUCCAGGAGAGCGCCAACUACUGUGCUGACCACUGAUACAACGAAUUUUCGCCAAAUGGUUCAGGAAUUUACUGGCAUCCCUACUGCUCCGUUCACAGGUUCACCCUACACUCGCCGCCUUGAUCUUUUUUCGACUGCUGGAUCGACCAUGAGGUCGAGCCAUUUGGAUUCUCUUGGACCAUUAUACCCUUUAAGGCCUUCAGCACAAAAGGUUCAAGUAUCUCCUUUUAUGCCACAGUUAUCCUCUUCUUCUGCUACUUCGUCAUCGUUGUUGAGUUCUAGCAUGAUUGAUGCCUUAAUGCCCACUAAUACUCCUGGAAACAACAACACUAUUGUUGGUGGUGUCAGUGCUGCCUCGGCCUCGACCUCUACCUCAACCAAUUUCCAGUUAGGUUCAAGUCAUCUCGGGAUACAAAAACAAGCGCAAAACUUGUUCAACAUGCAGAAUCAAAUUCUUUCAUUUAAUGCGGGAGCACAGGUUUUCAACACGAAGUCAUCACAAGGAGGAGGCAGUAAUACCAUUAAUGUUCCAUCUUUAGAAGAACUUGGGAUAAGUCAUGAGCAACAAGUGAGUGCAAAUCUGAUCAGUGGAUUUCAAGGAGGGAAUAAUAAUAAUAGCAAUAUUUCUUCAAGUCAAGCAAGAAAUGAUGGAAAUAAUCUUUCAAGAUUGUGGAGAAGUAGUAAUCAUGAUGGGGGUCAAGAAAAUCAACGGCUGAGAUCUUUGGAUGCUAAUAAUAGCAAUAAUGGCGGUGGAAAUUACAAUUUGAAUUGUUCAGGUAAUUCUUCUACAUCAGAAUUUCAUCCUGAUCAAAUUAAGGGUUUGGAAAAUGUCUGUUCAGCUGGUGAAGGACCAGUUUCUUCAUGGCCAUGUCCUGAUGAUUAGAAUUAUUAUUAUUAUUAUUAUUUUGUUCUGAAAAAUUAGAAAAAAGAAAUUGUUGCUGACUAUAAAUUGAUGACUUAGAUCAAUUUGGUGAGUUUUUCAUCUUAAUUAAUUGUAUUUUAUCUUUGGGGUUAAUUAAUUAUAUACUCUGUAAUACACAUGUAGAUAUAGCUUAGUAGCAUAUUUUGUACUACUCUUUUGAUGAUUAUUAAACUUUUGGCAGAAUGAGAA